CUCUCCUCUCCGCUCCGCUCCGCUCCAACUUCGCUACACUGAUGCUCUCACCGUGAGUUCUUCAUCUUCAUCCUUUUUGAAUUUCAACCGAAAUCUCUUAAUCUCUGGUAUGGCAAGUCAUGAUCAGAGGGAAGAUGAUUAUGAGGGCUUUAUUUGUUUACCACAGUUGCAGAAAGAUAAUUCCCUAGAAGCUUUGCCUGCUGAUAAUAGUGGCACUGGUGGCUCUAUUCCUUUCCCCUUUUUGCCGCUCCCAUUUUCUCCUGUGCCUCCAAGUAAUAUGUAUGAAUACCAACACCAUUUCCCUAGUGCGGCUGUGAAUGAUUUGAAUAUAGCGACCAAUGUGGAUGAAUGUCCGACGGAUAUUCCUAUUGAUCAGGAUGUAUUUGUUAUAGAUGAUAUUCCCUUUCUAGAUCAGGGCUUUAGUUUCCCUAGUGCAGGGAUGGAUACAGCGAGUUCUGGAUCUCAAACUCCUAAUAACAUGAUGACCUCUUAUCAUGGCAUGAGAAGGUUACCUCGUUUCAAGAAUGCUGUUGGCGGAUUUGACAGAAAUUCUAUUACUGCUAAUAAUGGCGGGGUUGGAAACUUCCACACUAGUGUACUGGAUGCAAAAUCACAAAAUAAUGGCAGAAAGCCAACAGGGAAUUUCAGAAAUCUGACGAACGUAGGUGAUAAUGCAGCUAAAGUAGAGCAAAAUAUGGUUCCAAGAUUGUAUGAUAGCCAGGUUAGAGUUAAUUCUUCUCAACCUAACAGAUUGGACAGUCUUGAUGGAAGAUUUCUAUCUCUUGGAAAUCAAAGUAAUGUCGCUAGUAACGUGAAACUUAAUGCUCAUGUUGGGCAAUCCAGCCAUGUGAUUGAAACCUCCCUUUCUCCCCAAGGCCGAUUAACUAAUAAUUCUUUUAACAACAAUGUGUGGGAUAGCUUGGCAGGGAUUCAGAAUAAUGUAGGUGGUCUAGUGGCGCCAUGGGAUUUUGAGGGCAGCCUAACCUUUACUGGUGAUGAUUGUUUGCAAGUCAUGACUUCUGGGGAUGGUACGAGUCCAAUCUCCAACCUACAUGGAGGGAAGGUGAACACGCACCAUUAUAUACCCACCCCAAGCUGCAGAACUUCAGAGUCUGGAUUUGAAACUGACUCAAGAAUAUAUUCAGAUGAUCCUACUGAUUGCUAUGGGGCUAAUCCACACAUGCUUUCCAAUAGCUCCAGUUUAAAUCAAGGAUUGCCCAGGUUCGUAAAAAGAAGGAUGCAAGGAGUCCCAUUCAGUUCUUCUGUUCUGAGAAGCAAUCACCAAAUUUCUGCUGAUCCACUGCAGAAUUCUCAUUUAAGUACCGACUUCAUGUUACCUCUUGGGAUAGGAGACUCUGAUAGCAACAAGUCAGGUCAAAAUUAUCCUUUGCACAUUGGUCCUGGUUGGCGUUACACAGGUCAAACAGCUGGCACCACAGUGAAAAAUGAACUUCCUCAGGCUUCUACUUCUACAUCUUCCAGUAGAGAAUCUCUGAAACGAAACUUAGAUUUUCCUCCCCGGGCUUCAAUACAUGAUCAGCGCAGAAAAGUUAUGCCCCAAAUUUCAGUUCCGCAGUUUUCACCAGGUUUACUGCAGAAUGCUCUGGGGAAGAUUUCAUCUGGCCAUUCAAUGCCAGCCAGUACUGCCUCUACAAACUUCUCUAUUAUCCCUAGUGCUGCGGUGAAGGAUUUUUCUGCUGGUGGUUGUUCGGGGAGUACAUCUUUCUCUCCUGUAACCAAGGCUAUUAAUACCUCUCAUGCAGCCUGGAUCUCACAGCAUCCUACAGCUUCUGCAGCUGCUUUUGUUUCGCCAACUCAUAUUUCGGCUGUUCGUAGUGCUUCUGGAGGGAUCGCUGGUUCUCCAGGUUCCCUAGCAAAGACAUCCACCGAUCAUGUGGUUACAGCUGAAAAUCCUACUUUUGCCUCACCGCCAACUGCUUCGGGAAGGACAAUAGUGAACCGCUCUGGCUCAGCAAGAAUUCCAGUCCCUGCUACUUAUUCAAAGAGAGUUGCCGCAGCAGCAGCUUUAUCUUCAACACAUAACCCGGCUUCUGCAACUGCUCUUCGGAAGGCUCUUUUGCUCCACAACAGCUCAAAUAUGACCCGUCCAUCCCUUAGUGAAUGGAGAAAGUCUUUGCCUGCCUUGGCUGCUUUAGUAAAGGCAGCUCCAGGUUUCAGAGCAUCACAAGUUCCUAGUUCAAUGCAUCAUAUAAAGUUUCAAGGUUUUGACAUACCUCCAACAGUUGGAUUCAAAUGUAUGUUGUGCAAGAGAGACUUAUCAUUUGCACCUGAAGGCCCCGUUGUACAACCGCCUAUUCCACCAGCUGUAGCUGUUCUACCUUGUGGUCACACCUUCCAUGUCCACUGUCUGGUGAUUAUUACCCCAGAUGAUCAGUCAGAAGAUCCACCUUGCAUUCCUUGCGCCAUGGGUGAGGAAUGAACAUCUUCUAAGUCACUACUAAUCAACCCUCAACCUUUCCCGUAGUCCAAAAUAGAUACAAUUCUAUUUUGAGGAUGUAUUUUGAUGAAUUAGUCAGUCGAUAAUGAAAGCAUCUAGAACUCUUGGGAGCGUACAUAGCUGAUAACUGAAAUAUGGAUUAUGCAGUCUCUUUUUGGGUCACUAAUUGAGCAGAUUAGAAGAAGAUCUAUGUGUAUGGUUCCCGAGAAAAUGAAAACAAUAUAAUUGACAUUGCAGUGUACAUAUAUGUGAGCACAUGUUAUCAUGUGACUCUGCUUUUGAAUGAACACCUGAUGGCUGAAGCUAACAAUUGAACGGAUUAAGGUUCUGCUCAACUGCGUAUUAAUUUUUCUUUCCAAGGAAAAAGCAUUUGCUUAUAAGCUUGGUUGUACAUUGUAUUCCCUCCGUUCCUUUUUGUUUGCACCAUACUCCUCUUUGGGCGUCUUUUUAAGAUUGCUCCAUACCUUAAUGGCUCAUUUGCUAGGUGGUAAUGAAGGGUGGUAAUGGUAAUGAAAUUUUCAUUUUGAA